GUUUGUAUUACAUGAACAUAUGAUAUUUGUUUUUGUUUACAUACAAAAUGAAUCCCUGUAGGAGUUAUGUCAAAAGAUUUGUUUCGUCGUUAACAAAAAUUCAAAUAAAUACAAAAAGAGAUCUCUCACUAGGUGUAACACCAAAAACAAAUAAAGAACCUUCAAACGAUGACGAUAGCAUUCUGGUGGAUAAGGAUGAGUCAAUUACUUUGAUUGGUAUAAAUCGUGCAAAACAACGUAAUUCGAUAAAUGCCCUAACGGCUGAAAAGUUAUCCAAUGCUUUGGCUGCGUUUGAGGCAGAUGAUACCUCGCCCAUUGCUGUGUUGUAUGGUGUUGGGGGGACAUUUUGUGCCGGCUAUGAUAUUCAAGAACUGGAGGCACAAUGUGAAAAGGGAAGUUUAGAUUUUCUGUUGCGUCAUGAAGGUUCGGUGGGUCCAACUAGACGCCAUCCAAAGAAACCUAUUGUGUGUGGCAUUAAUGGUUUUUGUGUGGCCAGUGGGUUGGAAUUGGCUCUAAUGUGUGAUUUAAGGGUGAUGGAAGACACCGCCAUAUUGGGAUUUUUCAAUCGUCGAUUUGGGGUGCCGGUAAGUGAUGGUGGUACAGCUCGUUUGGCAGCCAUUGUGGGCUAUUCCAGAGCUUUAGAGUUGCUGGAAAGUGGACGUCGUAUAGAUGGCAAGGAGGCUUUGCAAAUUGGUUUAGCUAAUCGUCUGGUGGCCACCGGUACGGCAUUGGGACAAGCUGUAAAUUUGGCAUUCUCCAUUGUAAAGUUCCCCCAGGCAUCGUUGAUGAGUGAUCGUAGCAGUUUGUAUACAAAUGCCUAUACGCGACACGGUUUUCGUGCCGCCAUGCAAACGGAAAUCAUGAGCACAUCCAAGGAGGUGUUGACGGAAUUGAAGGAGGGUGUGCAACGUUUUAAGAAGGUUGAUCCAUUGCAACCCAAGACCGAAGGUUGGCAUGUGAAAGAAAAACCCAUACCAGAAUGGGAACGACUGGAAAUUGCCAAUGAAAACGAGGCGAAAAAGAAGAAUACAUAGUUUAUUGUUUAAUAUUAAGGCAAUUGUUAAGUGUAUACAGUGCUUGUGAUAUUUAAUAUCAAUGUUUGGUAGUACUAAUCGAAAGAAUUUUAAAAAUAAAUGUAAAAUUAAAUAAAUUUAAA